AUGGAAAGAAAAGUUAAGAAGAAGAGUGUAACACUUGAUCAUUUUUAUAAGAAGAGAGCUUGUGAGAGUGAAAGAGAUGAACAAGGAAUGACUCCUCCAUCUCAACCUAUUAAAGUUCCAAGAAUUGAAGAAGACAUAACUCAUAUGACUCAACCUGUUGAUGUUCAAAGAAUUGAAGAAUUGCAUAACGCGGGUGAUUUUUUGAAUUCUUUAGAACGUGAUCCUGGAAAGCGUUCCCCAAUAUGGACAUUUCCAGCAAAUCAUGUGGAUGAAAUACGAAGAGCUUAUCUGAAUUGGGGUCCAUAUCAAAUCCAUUUAGAAGAAUAUCCUUUGUCUGGUUUUAGAGGUUGGAAGAGAGUUAGAGAUGGAAAGAAUUGUGCUUUUCUUAAGCACAUUGGGAAGGAUCCUUGCUCACAUCACAACAAUGCAGUGAAAGCUUGUAAUGACUUGUUGAAUCAAAGGGCACACAUUAGACAUGGAUUUCAAAAACAAAGCUCAAGUCAAAUUAUGAAUAACCGACUACGUCUCAAGGCUUCAAUUGAUGUUGUUCGUUGGUUAACACUUCAAGCUUGUGCUUUUAGGGGUCACGACGAAAAGGUUAUAUCAAAAAACCAAGGUAAUUUUCUUGAGUUGCUAAAACUUUUGGCCUCUUAUAAUGAUGAAGUUGCACAAGUUGUGUUGAAUAAUGCUCCAAAGAAUGGAAAAUAUACUUGCCAUCAAGUUCAAAAAGAGCUCUUGGCAAUUCUUUCUAGUAGAGUGAAAAAACAUAUCCGUGAGGAAAUUGGUGAUUCCAAGUUUUGUAUCAUUGUAGAUGAAGCUCGCGAUGAGUCACAAAAGGAACAAAUGGCUCUUGUGUUAAGAUUUGUUGAUAAAGAUGGUUUAAUACAAGAGCGAUUUUUUGAUAUGAGAUGUGUUACCAGCACUACAUCUUUAAGUCUUAAGGAAGCAGUGUGUGAUAUACUUUCUCGACAUAACCUUGAUGUUUCUAACCUUCGUGGUCAAGGGUAUGAUGGUGCAAGCAAUAUGAGAGGAGAAUGGAACGGUUUACAAGCAUUGUUUAUGAAGGAUUGUCCUUAUGCAUACUACAUCCAUUGUUUUGCUCAUAGAUUACAACUUGCCUUGGUUACUGCAUCAAGAGAAGUCAAACCAAUUCAUAAAUUCUUUGAGAAACUGACUUUUAUUGUCAAUGCUGUUUGUUCUUCUCCUAAGAGACAUGAUGAGUUACAAGCUGCCCAACUAAAAGAAAAUGAAUAUUUGUUGGAAAUUGAAGAGAUUGUACCUGGUAAAGGUGCAAACCAAAUUGGUACUGUGAAACGGGAAACAGAUACUCGAUGGGGAUCACAUUUCAGUUCUAUUUGUAGCUUGAUCCGCAUGUAUGAAGCAACUUGUUUUGUUUUAAAAAAAAUUGCAAAGGAAGCAACAAAUUAUUCUACAAGUGGGAAUGCUGACAGUGCUUACAAUUACUUGAAGUCAUUUGAUUUUAUAUUUAUCUUGCAUUUGAUGAAAGAAAUUAUGGGGAUAACAGAUGUGCUUUGUCAAGCCUUGCAACUACAAGCUCAAGAUGUAGUUAAUGCUAUGUUUCUGGUUCGUAACACAAAAACUCUUAUUCAACAAUUGAGAGAAGAUGGUUGGGAUAAAUUACUUGCUAAUGUGAGAUAUUUUUGUGUAAGACAUGCUAUUGAGAUUCCUGAUCUCGAUGAUUUGCAUUCAACAACAAGAUUUGGACGCUCUCGUCUCGAAGAGAACUAG